UUGUAAUUUUGUUUUUAAAAAUGUCAAUCACUAUCGUAUUUACUGAUGGCGCAGCUGAAUAAUUGGUGGAGGCGAAAUCCGCUAGCGUGAAAAUAGACCUGGCACCACUCCUAUCUGAAAAUUGUUAGCUUUGGAAUGUUCCAUUCAUGGUUUCGGGCUUUUUCAGCCCAAAAAUACUGCCACGCACUUUGUCUACUUUCAAGAAACGCUAGUACGCCGAGUUCUAUACCUAAUCAGAUCUCCAGAUUGUCAAAAAAUGGAAAUGGGGUCUUCUUGAAUGCUACAAAACAUGUUGCACCUUUCAGUGCGGUCAAAUGGGGGUCAAUCUGUACACCCAUUUCACGUGUUUGUCAAGCUGCAGCAAACUUAUGCACAAUACCGGAGCAUGAAGUCCAGAAUGAUUUGUUAGGUCCUGUUGUUUUGUCACCAUCAGAGGACCCCAACAAAGAAAUGAAAGAAAUCCAAGAAAUCGCUGAUCACUCUGAUUAUGACGAGCCGAAAGAAAAACCGAUAUCUUGGAAAACAAUCGAUUUCACCAAAAUUCCUAUUGAGAAGCUCCCGACCGUCCUUAUCAUAGGGCGUCCAAAUGCUCUUGUUUACAACACCCCUAAUGACCAUGUCACACGUGACAUACGGGAUGGUGUUGCUAAAUUGGGUGAUUUGCGGUUUCGUGUUCUGGACUCAGCUGGCCUGGAGGCAGAGGCGUCUUCAGGUUCUGUUCUUGGGAGAACUGCUGCCAUGACAGAAGAUGUGCUGUCAAGAGCCCACUUUAUUCUCUUUCUCAUUGAUGCAAGAUGUGGAAUCAUACGCGAAACCAAAAUGAUUGCGGAUUAUCUUCACAUACCUUACCUCGGAUCCAAGGUUGCGGGAGAUGGAGGAAGGAUUUUGAGUUCGUUGGUUGUGGGAUUCCAAAGAGCCUCUUGGGGAAUGUCGAGAUGUUCACCACAAAUGUUAUCACACAAAAGUAAAAUCAAACCAUUGGAAGCAGCAUAUGGAAGAAAGUUACGAUGAGUAUCGAUCUUAUUCAUCCUAUUUAAUAUUUUGGGCUCCAAAUUCUCUUUGUCGAUUGAAACUACCACGUAAUUCAUGUUUCUAAUAUUUGAGAGUGGAAACUGCCCAAUAAUAAACUUGCUCCUCGCCUUCGAUUGAAACGAACUCGUAUGCAAGCAAUUUUCAUAAGUAAUAGAGAAAGUUUUAUGCAAAUUUAGCUUACUCUUAUUCUUCUUCCAACCGAUGGGAAAAGAUGAAGAUUUGAAUAAAGGGUUCUUCUUCCGACCGACGGGGAAAGAUGAAGGUUUUAAUAACGGGUUUGGGUUAAGAUUCAACGACGCCAUCCUAUAUCUCUGCUGGAACAGGAAGGAACACUCCGCCGGACCACUCCUCGCGCAAACGCGCAGAGCAUGACCUAAAUCUUAUUUGGGCCUUUUUCAUUUGAUUCGGAGGAGGGAGGCUCUUGUUUACAACACCCCUAAUGACCAUGUCACACGUGACAUACGGGAUGGUGUUGCUAAAUUGGGUGAUUUGCGGUUCCGUGUUCUGGAUUCAGCUGGCCUGGAGGCAGAGGCGUCGCCAAUUCAGCCAAGAUUGCCACAAGCAACCAUCAUGACAGGUUCUGUUCUUGGGAGAACUGCUGCCAUGACAGAAGAUGUGCUGUCAAGAGCCCACUUUAUUCUCUUUCUCAUUGAUGCAAGAGAUGGACUGCAACCCAUGGAUUUGGAUGUUGGCAAGUGGUUAAGAAAGCAUGCAGCGGGUAUCAAGACUCUUGUCGUAAUGAAUAAAGCCGAGCUGCUUGAUGACAUUAAUGGUACUCUAGCUUCUGCUGCUGGUGAGGCUUGUACAUUAGGGUUUGGUGAUCCCAUUUCUGUGUCUCUGAAACUGGAUUUGGGAUGACUGAGUUGUAUGAAGCUCUGAGGCCACACCUAGAAGACUUUGUACUCAAGUUCAUAGAUGAUGAGGAUGUGUUGGGCAAAGACUCCUCUGAGGAAGACGACACUGACUCGAAGCUUCCAUUGCAAUUGGCAAUUGUAGGGAGACCAAAUGUAGGGAAGGCUACUUUGCUAAACGCCUUAUUACAAGAGAAUCGAGUUUUGGUUGGACCUGAAGCUGGCUUGACGAGAGAUUCCAUUCGAGUUCAAUUUCAGUAUGAAGGGAGAAACGUCUAUCUCGUGGACACUGCAGGUUGGUUGGAGAGGACAAAGCAGGACAAGGGUCCAUCAUCGUUGAGCAUUGUGCAGACGAGGAAGCAUCUCAUGAGGGCUCAUGUGGUUGCUUUGGUUCUUGAUGCUGAAGAGAUUGCAAAAGGUAGAAGAAGCAUGAAUCAUGCUGAAGUAGUGAUUGCCAGGCGGGCUGUCGAGGAAGGGCGGGGUUUGGUUGUUGUGGUUAACAAGAUGGAUCUUUUGAGAGGGAAAAACAAUGCAAAAAUGUACCAAAGUGUCAUCAAUGCCGUACCUGAAGAAAUACAGACUGUUAUACCACAGGUGACAGGUAUACCUGUGGUAUUUGUUUCUGCAAUAGAAGGUAAAGGCCGGUUGUCCAUGAUGCGCCAAGUCAUCGAUACAUACGAGAAAUGGUGCUGCAGGCUGUCGACAGCUCGUCUCAACCGCUGGCUUCGCAAGGUUAUGAGCAGGCAUUCCUGGAAAGAUGAGUCAGCUCAGCCGAAGGUGAAGUACUUGACUCAGGUGAAAGCUCGGCCUCCCACGUUUGUGGCGUUUGUGAGUGGAAAGGCUCGACUCUCAGACACGGACCUGAGAUUCCUUACAAAGUCACUAAAGGAGGAUUUUGACUUGGGUGGGAUUCCAGUGCGGAUAAUGCAGCGUGUGGUGGUUAGGAACUCUGAGGGUAAAGAUGUCACAGGCAGGAAGAGUACACGGCCGGACAGGAAAGUGUGUCAACAAAUGGCAUCGGCCAAGAGAAGGAUUGUUGUCUCUUCGGAAAAUGUCCUUGCUGCAUGAAGGACUCGAUGUGUUAGCCUACCUUUUGUCUGUAUAUAUAUGAUGAUGCUAGAUCAGGAUGCUUGAAAUGGGAUUAGAAUUCUGAAUUUGAUUAUUGAGUUAAUUGAUACAAAAUAUAUUAAUGUCUCGACAUAUUAUUUUGCACACAUUGUCACUUUGUUGGCUACAAAUGUUAAUUUUAUGGCAUGACGCUUUAGUACAGUGAGUUUUCGUAUGGAUUAAUUAAUUUAUGGGAGCACACAU